UGUCUGAAGCGGCCAACAGAUCAUUAUCAAAGUUGUUGCGAUGCUCGAAUCAAUUUCUCACACGUUCAGCCUGUAUCAUGAUACGCCAAUUCUAGUCGAGACAGUACUGAUUGGUGCCCUUCUUCGGACAAGUAUAUAUAUAUAUAUCGACCAGGAACCGCACGGCCUGAGUAGACUCCAGUAUGACUGAGCAACUCCCCCCAUAUACUACGCUUCCACAGCCAGAGUCCGAACCACCGCAGUAUACUCUUCCGGAUACCUUCAACAUUGGACGAUACAGCACGGAACAUCUCGUCCAUCCAGAUCAGCUCAAGGCACAUCUUCAGCUUCUGGGAGCGUUCAGCCACCUCAAGCAGCGAGUCGUUGCCAGCGAGAGCCUUAUCGCGGGAUUAGAGUCGGACAGCGAGAAACGUUGGGUAUGGUUCGUCAAUUUGGCUGUCGAACGGUUUGAGAGGUGGUGUUUGACAAUCAAGCAAACUGAUGUAGUGGAACAACGUUUGCCUCCUAUCGAUGUCACUAUGGUGUGGCAUGCCUACCUCCUGAAUCCGAGCUGGUAUGCUGAAGACACCACGCGGAUCUCCAAGCUCAAACCCCUCGCUCAUUUCACUGAUUACUUUCCUAACCUUCUCGCCAACCCUGGUCUAUUAACUACUGACGCACCGCAACAUGAGCGCGUCUCUGCUUGGGAGCGCAGUACCAAAUUACCCUAUGACCCAUUCGCAUCUGCUGCGGAUCUCACGCACAAAUCUAUCCAGUGCCCUUACUGUGAUCGCACUAUUCUUUCGCCGUUCUUGCAGCCUGACGGGAAGGGAUACGCUCAGAGCAACUUUAGCAUCGAGUGUGAAUGUGCCCAGACGAUCACUAAAGAACUUCUCGGUCUUUACAAGUUUGCGAAAAACAUAGUCGAACCAACAGCGCCUGAUACAUAUUUGGCUGGAACUCUUCACACGCCAUGCAACAUCUGUGACACUGCGCGCGGAGACACAAUCAAGAAGCGCAUCCUUAGCUCGAAUAUUGUUGUCCAGAAGAACGAGGAAAGUGAUCACGCUCGCCAGAUUUUGAUAAACGUCCAGUAUGACGCUGCGCGCAUCCGUACCAUGCUGAACGAGCAUUUGAAACCAAGAUUGCUGAAUAAGAUUAUGGGUGCCUACAUGGACGACAGGGUGUUUUCACUCGACUUGGUCGGUGCUGUCCUUCGUCAAGCCUCUUUUGUAAAGAAGAUGGUCAACUUUGGUUGGACCGAGCCAGGAUAUUUCGCUAAUGAGGUGGACGCAAUGGCAUUGCAACAUUGCGUGGCUCGGUAUCACGCCUUUUUAAACAUCAUGGCAGAGUCGCCUGCCUCAUUCUUUGUGCCCACACUCGACAUCGAUCUCGGGUGGCACACUCAUCAACUCAUGGCAAGUCGGUAUCAAAACGACUGUCUCUCGCUCGUAGGACGAUAUAUUGAUCACGAUGAUAAAGUGGAAGAAGGUGAACUUGCGAUCUCCUUCGACCUCACCUGUCGUGCUUGGAACGAACGUUAUCACGUAUCUUACAAUCACUGCGGGUGUCCACUGCCAGGAGACACAAUCGGCCAAAAGCUCCGACAUCUCCUCUCCUCUCAAUCCACCAGCAACGUGCGUCUACUUCCUCCCAAAUCUGACGCACGUGCUGCCACGCACCCGAGCGAUCACAAUACCGUGUUUGCCCUGCGUAACAUGUCUGCAAACCUGUCUCGCCGGGAGAAACGUACACGUAAGGCAGAGAUAUACAGGCUGCGGGCAGAGCAGAAUGAGAGGGCUGUGAAGAAGGAUGGGAAUGUUGAUGGUGGGAUUCCAUUUUUAUAUCCUGUGCCGAUGUUUUGUUACCACCCUGGUGGGUGCGUUACUGCUGCUGGGGCGGUGUUGAAGGGGCGCGCAGGGGGAGAAGAAGGCUAUUCUAUUGGUGCUUCAACGUGUAGUAGGUCUGGUGUUGCUGCCAGUGGGGCUGGAUGUGGUGGAGGGUGUGGUGGAGGGUGUGGUGGGGGGUGUGGUGGAGGUGGCGUGCAUGCUGCUGGGGCAGGAUGUGGAGGUGGCUGUGGAGGCGGAUGUGGGGGCGGAUGUGGGGGCAGGUAAAUCAGAACGGAAUUAUUUUCUUGAAUCUUGAAUGUAUCUUAAAUCUAAGCUCAUCUGUGGUACUCUGAAGACUGAAGAUGUUCCUCAGUAUCAGAUGCCGUGAUAUAUCUUGAUUAGUCUUAUAGCAUCAUGACAAUGUGACUUUGCGCCAGCCAGCAGUACCGUUAUCAAUCCCCACGAGUUUGAUGUCA